AUGGUUUGUAUAUCACCACUCCUGUUGGAAUGGAAUGCUGUAGCAGCAGCCGCAUCCCCAGCAGAGGUCAUCAAACUGGGACUUUUAGUUGCCCCAGUGGGCAAAGUACUUAUGGUAGAAGAUUGCUCGACACUUGAUAGGUUGGCAGCGCUAGUGGAGGCACAGCAGCUGCAGGCAAGGGAGAGUCGUGCCACCAUGCAAAAGCAGCACCAAGCCGCCGAGGAAGCUUCCAGAGCAGACCGUGCCACUAUGCAGGCGUUAAUAGCACAGGCCUUACAGGCGCAUGGUGAAAACGCUAACAUUCUGCCAAACGCCAUGUUGGGCAACCCUAACACCGGGAUCCCAGAUGCUUCUACUGGUGAUGUAUGUGGUCAGACUGGUGAUGUACGUGGUCAGACUGGUGAAGUAUGUGGUCAGACUGGUGAUGUAUGUGGUCAGACUGGUGAUGUAUGUGGUCAGACUGGUGAUGUAUGUGGUCAGACUGGUGAUGUAUGUGGUCAGACUGGUGAUGUAUGUGGUCAGACUGGUGAUACUGGUGAUGUAUGUGGUCAGACUCGUGAUGUAUGUGGUCAGACUGGUGAUGUAUGUGGUCACACUGGUGAUGUACGUGGUCAGACUGGUGAAGUAUGUGGUCAGACUGGUGAUGUAUGUGGUCACACUGGUGAUGUAUGUGGUCAGACUGGUGAUGUAUGUGGUCAGACUGGUGAUGUAUGUGGUCAGACUGGUGAUAUAUGUGGUCAGGCUGGUAUGUAUCUGGCUGGUGAUGUAUGUGGUCAGACUGGUGAUGUAUGUGGUCAGACUGGUGAUGUAUGUGGUCAGACUGGUGAUGUAUGUGGUCAGACUGGUAAUGUAUGUGGUCAGACUGGUGAUGUAUGUGGUCAGACUGGUAAUGUAUGUGGUCAGACUGGUAAUGUAUGUGGUCAGACUGGUAAUGUAUGUGGUCAGACUGGUAAAAGUCCUGGUCAGACAGUCAUGUGUGGUCAGGCUGGUAAUGUAUGUGGUCAGACUGGUGAUGUAUGUGGUCAGACUGGUGAUGUAUGUGGUCAGAUUGGUAAUGUAUGUGGUCAGACCAGUGAUGUAUGUGGUCAGACUGGUGAUGUAUGUGGUCAGACUGGUGAUGUAUGUGGUCAGACUGGUGAUGUAUGUGGUCAGACUGGUAAUAUAUGUGGUCAGACUGGUAAUGUAUGUGGUCAGACUGGUAAUACUGGUGAUGUAUGUGGUCAGACUGGUGAUGUAUGUGGUCAGACUGGUGAUGUAUGUGGUCAGACUGGUAAUGUAUGUGGUCAGACCAGUGAUGUAUGUGGUCAGACUGGUGAAGUAUGUGGUCAGACUGGUGAUGUAUGUGAUCAGACUGGUAAUGUAUGUGGUCAGACCAGUGAUAUAUGUGGUCUGACUGGUAAUGUAUGUGGUCAGACUGGUGAUGUAUGUGGUCAGACUGGUGAUGUAUGUGGUCAGACUGGUGAUGUAUAUGGUCAGACUGGUAAUGUAUGUGGUCAGACUGGUGAUGUAUGUGAUCAGACUGGUGAUGUAUGUGGUCAGACUGGUGAUGUAUGUGGUCAGACUGGUAAUGUAUGUGGUCAGACUGGUGAUGUUUGUGGUCAGACAGGGGCGCACCCAGAAAUUGAGUAG